UUAUACAAUCAGCAAUGGGAUGCGGAACGUCCAAUAGUGGAGACGAAAGGACUAAAGUCCAAAGGAACAUCCAGACUCUCAACCAAGCAAGGCAGAAUCCAUCAGCAGGGAAUAUUAAUCCAGAUCCUCCCUCCAAUGCUGAGAGGCAAAGAGAGCUGGAUAAUAACCCAAACUUCUUUUAUAACGAGGACCUCUUCCUCCAACAAGCUGUGAGGCAAAGUUUGCUUGAGAACAACCCCAAUCAAAGGCAACAAACAGAGGAAGAAGUAUUCAAUGAUAUAAUCAAAGAGACCAUAGUAGCUUCCAAGAAGGAAUACGAUGAUAUUGAUAGGAAGAAGAAUGAAGAGGAAAUAGAGAAGAUUAAAAAUGACCCAACUGCACUAAAUAACAAGAUUAAGAACAUUUUUGCAGCAAAUAACGCCUUUAAGAACGCUAAGAAGUUACCUCCAUUGGAGUUCUCAGGGAAUAGUAUGGGGUCUAAGUUAGAGAAGAAGGACUUGAAGUUAGUGAAAGCUCCCAUAUUGAAAGACUCCUCAGGACAACUUGAGUCAACUGGCCGAAAGGACGCCCGAGAUUCAUUGUUUGCCAACCAGCCAGCAGAUACUAAUAGUGAGAUUGAUAUCAAUGAGGAUGAUCAUUUUAAGGGUGAAGUAUCAAAGCCUUCGUAUAAUCCUAGUUUAUUAAAAGAUGAGAAGAACAAGAAUAAUAAUCUUCAAUCUCUUGAGAGCAAUGAGUUCAAACCUUCUGAACUGAAUCAGUAUGCGGAUGGAGGCUUUAAUAAAUCAAAAGGUAAGAAUAAUGAGCUGAAUGCGCUAAUCAAUGAGCUAAAGGAUGAUGAGCCUGUGAAAUAUGUAAGGAAAAUUGAUGCCAGCAAACAUCAUAAUGAGACAACCAUGGAUCAUCCUAAGCCACAUGAAAAACUUGUCUCAAAUGAUAGCUUCGAAGAUCUGAUGGAUGAGUUCGACCCAAUCGAGAAUAAUGACAAGCCACCUGGAAUGGCAAAAGUCGAAUUUAUCAGCAAACCUACUGAUGAAGAUGGCUUUGGGUUUUAGUGAGAAAGCUAAUAGUAACUAAUAACACUUAUUUCGCAAAUCUCAAUGUAGAUUUUGAAAGUCUUCCAGAAGGCUUGGUGAAUUUAGUAUUUUAGAUCACAUUCAAGUUAAUUUUUGGGAAUGCUGUAAUAGUACUAAGAAAAGAUAUAAAAUUCUGGUCUAAGUAAACAGUAUUUUAGGAAAAUUCUUCUGAAGGUUUAGAGGAAUCUAGCUUGAGUUUUAGACCAGGAUGAGAUAUAGGAAAAUUUUAGUGUGAAGAAGAAGCGUGAAUGGAUGUCUGAGGGACUGAGGUGUGCUGUAGAGAAGAAUGGAAGGGAUUGGGAUGGGCUUUGGUAAAUUUAAGACAUUUUGGAGAAUUGUGAAGAGAUAAGUGGAAGUGUUAUGGAUCAAGCUCUACCGUUACAGUUUUCAAUUAAGGGUAAUA